AUGAAGUGUAGUAAAUUAGAGGAAGGGAUUGAGGUCCUAAAGGAUGAAAAUAAUGAAUGUCUUAAAGAUAUUAUAAAUAAUAUCAGCAAGAAUAAGAAAGAUCAAUUAAUAGCUCAUACUAGGACUCAGUUGGAUCAGCUAGAAAUUAAAGAAAAUUAA